GUUAGGGUUUUUGCUACCUCCGCCAUGGCGGAUCCGGUGGUGAUCCAGAAGCGCAUUCGCAUCUUCAGCGAGCUACAGGCGUCGGAGCGCGCGCGCAACGAGGAACUCGGAGGCCAGCCGAUCGAUGUGACUGUGUGCAAGGAUGGGGAAGUGGUGUACCCCGGAAGAAGGCUUCUCACGACUCCACUGGACAUUGCCAGGCUAAUCUCGAAGAAGAAGGCUGCUGAUUAUGUUAUUGCGCAGGGUCGUGAUACUUUCUGGCACUCGAGUGCUCAUAUCCUUGGCGAGUCUUUAGAACAAGCGUAUGGUUGCAAGCUCUGCAUUGGUCCCUGCACGACAAGGGGAGAGGGUUUUUACUAUGAUGCUUUUUACGAAGACGGGAGAACACUCAACGAAGAGAACUUCCCGGCUGUGCAAAGCCAAGUGACGAAAGCCGUUCAGGUUCGACGAGGCAUAUGA